UGGCGUGUCCCUGCGUGGGGGGCCCCUGCCCGCCCCUCGGCCCCUCCCUUUGUCCCUUCCUUCCUCCCGUGGAUAAGAAGCCGGGCGUCGGGGCGGCGGAUGCAGAGGCGCGCCUGGCUGCCCUCGCGGAGCCCCAGCCUGCCCGCCUGCCUUCCUGCCCGCCCGGUUCCGACAUGGAGGGCUGCUCGUCCUCCUCCUCCUCGGGGUGGGCUGCCUUCCUGGGCUGGGGCUGGCUGUGGGGCUGGGCGGCGGGGGCGCCGGCGGUGCUGCUCCUCCUCCUGCCCUUCUUCUUCUUCUUCUUCUUCUCCUCCUCCUGGCGACGGCCCCCCGCGCCCCCCGCCCACGGAAGGGCCGUCUUCCUCACCGGCUGCGACUCUGGCUUUGGCAAGGCAGCCGCCCGGCACCUGGACUCGCUGGGCCUGCGGGUCUUUGCCACGGUGAUGGACUUGCAAGGCCCGGGCGCCGAGGAGCUGCGCCACUCCUGCUCCCCACGGCUGACCCUCCUGCAGAUGGACCUCACCCAGGAAGAGGACAUCCAGUGGGCCGUGGGCUUCGUCCGGGCACAGACAGCUGGCACCGGGUUGUGGGGCCUGGUCAACAACGCCGGCUGGAACGACACCAUUGCGGACGCAGAGCUAACACCGCUGGAGCAGUUCCGCUACUGCAUGGAGGUCAACUUCUUCGGCACCUUGGCCUUGACCAAGGGCCUCCUGCCGCUGCUGCGUGCCUCGCAGGGGAGGAUCGUCACAGUCAGCAGCCCAGCAGGGAGCAUGCCCUACCCGUGCCUGGGCAGCUACGGGGCCUCCAAGGCCGCCCUCAGCCUCCUCAUGGACACCUUCCGCUGCGAACUGGCCCCCUGGGGGGUCCGCGUCAGCCUCAUCUUCCCCGGAUACUUCAAGACAGGCAGCUCCUGCAGCCCUGAAUACUGGACCACGCGGAAGCAGGAGCUGCUGUCCAGCCUGGGUCCGGAGCUGCUGGAGGCCUACGGGGAGGAGUAUCUGGAGGAGAUCAACCGCCAGUUCCUGGCCUUCAUGAAGGUGGCGGUGGAGGACCUGAGCGCAGUGGUGGACAGCAUCACGGAUGGGCUGCUUUCAGCACGGCCGCUGGGCAAGUACUACCCCGGGCGGGGCCUGGGCCUCAUGUACUUUAUCCACCACUACCUGCCGCCCGCUGCCCGUGACCUCUUCCUCAAGACCUUCUUCAUCAACCCCGCCUUGCCCCGAGGGUUGCGGCCCAAGGACCCCCCCAAGCCAUGAGACAAUCCCUUCUCAUUGUUACGUCUUUGUGGCAAAGGCAGCUCCUCCGCAUCCUCGUGAAAUACCUCCAGGGACUCUGUCCCGUUCACCGACUGACCUUCUCUCUCUCUCGUUGCUAUUGCUGCUGUCCACUGAUGGAAAUGUCUCGGCCACUUCUGCGAUGCUGCUGGUCACUCUUUCGCCUCGACACGCUUACUGUCACGCAAGCACACGCACACGCAAACUGCCUCUCCAGAGCCGAGCCAAGGCAGCCGGGCUGCUCCUCAUGCUGCUGCUGCUGCUUCCUCAGGGACAAAGAGAGGACUGCGAGUCUAGAGCUUGCAAGUCUCUCCCCAAAGAGCUGAAAAUAAAUUUUAUACAAAACAAAA